AUGGACGCGUCCAGCUCGGGGCGGGUCUUCGAGGCGCCUCCAAGCCUCGCGGCACUGCAGAGCUGGGUGCACCGUCCACAAGCGCUCGCAUUGUGCUUUGUGAGCGACGUGUACGCUCUGCGGGCGCUCCGAGAGGAGACCAACCUCGUCACACGCACCACCAGGGACGUCUUCCUUUUGGACCACUUCCCGUGCAAGUUCGUUCAACUUGUGGGCUGGGUCGCCGGUGUCGACCACAAGGACACGUCCAUGACCAUCACCUUGGAUGACGGGGACGGCGAUUGUGUGCUGAACGUCUCGGUCAAGCUCGCGCAGGUCGAACUCAAGGUCGAGAAGGAGAAGGAGAAGAAGGAGGCGAGGACCACAUUCCGUUCGGUGAGGGAACGUGUCGCGCGACCACCCCCACCACAGCCCAAGAACUACUACGUCCGGCCCGACAUCAUCGUGGGCGACACGGUGCGCCUCUCUGGCUACGUGGAGGAGUGGAUGCGCAAGAGCGACACGGUGCGGCAGGUCGUGGUUGACGAGGAGUCAGGAUCGGGCUACGUGUUGUUGACCCAGAUGAGCAGUACGCGCAUGCCGAGAACGUGA